GCUUUCCAGUUACUAGACUUGAUAUCAACAGCACCCUGCCACAGUAGCGGCAUCUCUACCUAUUCGCGUACCUUUACCGAGUCGUUUUUGAAGCAUUCCGGUUUAAAAAUGAAAGGAUUUGAUCCCGCGGCCGUUGUUGCCUGUUUGAGAAGCGAGGACGGAGCUGUGGCCGCGUGAAUUUGGACGUUGUUGUCUCGGCGUCUGUCAUAUGAGUGGACCAUCCGUGGCUCCAUUCGUGAAAUUCUUCAGAGAAACACGGUUGGAUCAUUGGACGACAUCGCUGACCUACUGAUUCAUGUCAUGUCCGCAGGGCGUAAUGUGGAACAGCAGAUUCCCCUGCAGCAGCGUCCUCCCUCUCUUGCCAUGCCCUCCAUGGCCCAGCGGCCCAGGCCCGAGCCAGGCUUCCUGCCAGUGCAUGGCGGCUUCAGGGACCACUUUGUCACGACGCCUGAGCCCAAGUACUGCUGCAAGUCCUGCAGGCUAGUGCUGUGUAACCCUCGGCAGACUGAAUGUGGACAUCGCUUCUGUGAGAGCUGCAUCACAGAUCUGCUUAGUAAGCCUAACCCAGUGUGUCCAGCUGAUUUCGAACCACUCUUUGAAGAUAAGAUAUUCCGGGAUGUUUGCUGCUAUAGGGAAAUUAUGGCUCUUCAAGUCUACUGCCGGAGUGAGAAAAAUGGAUGUAAAGAACAAAUGAGUUUGCAACGGGUCAUGAUGCACUUGGAAGUUUGUCCAUACUUUGAGGUGCCUUGCCCCAUGGGAAAGUGUAAGGAGAAGAUGAUGAGGAAAGACAUGCCCGAGCACUUGAACCGCAAAUGCAAACACAGAGAGAUCACCUGUGAAUUUUGCAAUCACAAGAUGGCCCUCACGGAGUUACAGAAACACAAAGAAACCAUCUGUCCUGCAUUUCCUGUAGCAUGUCCUAAUCACUGCUCCUUUUCUUCCAUUUUAAGAAGCGAGCUGUCCAGUCACCAGCACGACUGUCCAAAUGCCCAGGUGUCCUGCCCCUUCUUUCGCUACGGAUGCUCCUACCAGGGGCUGAAUCAAGAGAUGAGGGAACAUGAGGCCAGUUUUGCCUCUGAGCACCUGAGACUGAUGACAGUCAGAAACACCACACUAGAGGCCAAGGUAGAAGAUGUUAAGAGUGAGCUGAUGGAGCGUUAUAAGGUUCUGCCCAGCCUCAGCAGUCGUCUGGCGGAGGUAGAAACACAAUAUGAGGAGAUAAGAGAAAAGAACCGACAGCUGGAACAGAAGCUACUCGGCAUGCAGAAACUGAUGAGUGCUCACUCAGAGAAACUGCUCGAGGUUGAGAUGGAGCUACGGGAGCUUCGUCCACUGCGAGCGAUUAGGGAGGAGGUGGAAGCUCUCAGAGUGUCAAUGGAGAGCAUGCGGUCAAUUGUAUCAUCCCUGGACUCGGGCCGUGUCGGAUCCAGUUCUGGUUCCCCCACCCUGGGCUUCUUAGAGCAGCAGCUCUCACGCCACGAUGACACAUUGAGUGUACAUGAUAUCCGCCUGGCAGAGAUGGACCUGAAGCUGCAGGUGCUAGAGACGGCCAGCUUCAACGGUACACUCAUUUGGAAGAUCCGUGACUACAAGCGGCGGAAACAGGAAGCCGUGGCCUCCAAAACCCUCUCACUCUACAGCCAACCCUUCUACACAGGCUACUUCGGCUACAAGAUGUGCGCCCGCGUCUAUCUAAAUGGGGACGGUAUGGGUAAAGGCACACAUCUCUCCCUCUUCUUUGUGGUCAUGCGUGGCGAAUAUGACGCCUUGUUGCCAUGGCCAUUCAAACAGAAAGUAACGUUGAUGCUAAUGGACCAGGGACCGGCACGGAAACACUUAGGUGAUGCCUUCAAACCAGACCCCAUUAGCAGUAGCUUUCGCCGACCCACUGGUGAGAUGAACAUUGCCUCAGGCUGUCCGCUCUUUGUGGCUCAGACUGUCCUGGAGAACGGAACCUACAUCAAAGACGACACCAUUUUCAUCAAGGUGACUGUUGAUACCUCUGACCUGCCAGAUCCUUGAUUGCAAUUUUAUUGGGUCCAACUAAUACAAAGUCACACGGUCCUCCCAGCCAAGACUUUGCAGCUUCAAAGAGCAGGGCUAAGAGACGAGGAACCCUGGACAAGUUUGUGCAUCUAACUGGGCGAUCAUAACAGUUAGAGCAGUAAGCUUGUUCUUGCGAGAUGGUGCGCUCUUCGGGAAACAAAAGGGCCUUGCUGGGCUAGAUUGCUAAUGCCUUUAAGAGGAGGUCUAACUGGACCGUGUUUGCUGCACAGUUUAAGUUUAAGAUCUCCAGUGCCAGCCUCAUUAAGCGAUAAAGAAACUUCAACUCUAAAUAAGCACGAGAAUUUCUCUGGUGCUAGAGAAUGGGGAGAAAUUGAAAAGAAAACAGUGUGUAAUGUGUUUGGUGGCCAACAGCAAGUCCAAUCUGUGAGGAAACUGUUUACUGUUUGUCAUUAGCUGGGUUUCCAUCUAAAUGUUUAACAUUUUUAACCACAUUUAAAAAAAAAAUUACUUUAGAAAAUACUAACCCUUUGUGCGUUUCCAUCCACUGCGUAAUGCGCAGGAGGAAGCCCUUGUCAUGGUGGAGCAUCUGAAUGGCCUCCUUGCUUCGGGGAGAGUUUUAUUUGCAGGAUUGGAGCAAUUGUACCAAAUGCUGCCGGAAGACAUUUCAGAAUAAGUGUAAUAUCUGAUAUAAUGGGGCAGAAAUAGCUCAAUGCCCACAUGCCGCCAGUCUCCACAUACCUUGGAGCGCCCGUUCUCUAAACUGUUAUGGCGGAUUGUGAGGAACCAUUUUAUCGACCAGCUGUGGGUUAAACACUUCCGAAAGUCAAGCGCUAUGUUCAAAGUAUUUUGUGCCAAGGUCGGACCUUUCGGUGGGCCAUUCACAUCAAGUUAUCGCACACUAAUAACACAUGCACAUAUGGUCAGAACACGUCAUUGUUUUGUGAAUAAACUGUUUCCAUCACCAUAAUGCGCAUUUUAACUAAUGCAAAACUCUAGAACAUCCACCUCUAAGCGCAUUCAAUUUUAAGCAAGCGUUUCAUUCAGGAUUUCUUAUGCAUAAUUUCAAAAUGCGCAUAAAAAUAGUUGGAUGGAAACCCAGCUUUCUAUUAGCCUUAAAUGUGUGUGAAUGUAUUUUGAGGCUAAUAGUCAUCUCACCUAUAGUUGGUUAAAUCUGGAAGAUAACCCUGUAUGUUUGGUAAUCAUGACAAGUUUUGUAUUUGGAUGUAUGUAUGCAUUUUGUACAAUAUGCAAAUAAGUACUUGAGCUAACAUCUGUUGUCAGUGUUUUGUGACUAGAGAGAGAAGUUUUGUUUAUGUGGGCAGGGGUGGAUGUGUUUCUGUUCUGUGUAGUAGUUAUAAAGGACCCGACUAUGGAGCAUUCAUGAAGGACUAUAUUGGCACUAAACAGUGACCCUGCAUAGGGGUUCCAUUGUCAAGAAGCAAAACCUCAGAUUUUUAUGGAUGUAAAAACUAUUCUUACAUGACUUAACCUUCCCUGUGUUUACCACUUUGACACAUUAUUUUUUGUAAUGUUAUAAUUAAUGGAUGCUAUGCAUCAGAAUAUUUAGUUCUUUUUUGUGUGUUUUGUUUUUCUUUUUUCUUUUAUAUUUGAGAACAGUUUGAAAUAAUGCCUUUAUGCCUCCAGCCAUGCUGCCAGACACACAUACAAUAAUCCAGAUCAUUUUUCAUGGUAGGGAUGGUUUUUGCACAAGUAUUGUUUGAAUGUGUAAUAUGUACAAAUAUAUUAUUAAAAAUUAUUGAACAGAACAGAAAUUUACCUAUGGAAAUGCAGUUCUCAUCAGUAUGUAGUUAAUCAAAUACUGUGAUAGAAAUGGUUUUUAGAAGUAGAACAAAACCGUCUUAAUUUAGCUCAGCAUGAUGCAGUUUUGAGGUGGCAUAUGUGAGAAUGUCGCUAACUAAAUAUUUGUACUUGCUUGUUUUGAGUAUUAGGGGGUUACCUCCCCCAUCUCCCCUGGAAACUACGCCCUUGCUUACAGUCUCUUCAAUGGGCUGUACUACAGUUUAAGUGUUUUCGCAGACAAAACAUUGAUAAAAUAUCUACAGACCACAGACAACUCCAGACAAUAUGAGUUGUGGAAAAUCAUUUAUGAUCUAGGAUCUUUCUACAGGUUUAUACCGUUCGUGCCAUUGAAGAGACUGUAAGUCUGUCCCUCACAGCCUCGUUGUCAUUCCCAUUAAAAAACAAAGAUGGCGCUAGCGUGAAUAAUGUGAGGCG